AGUCACCACUAACGCGUUUCACUCCUUCACAAAAGUGAACCCUCUCUUCUCUCUCUAUUCAUUCAACUAUAUCUAUCACCUCCAUUCACUUUCCAUUCUCCAAUCUCUCAUAUUUCCCUCUUAAACAUUUUCACAAGCUAGCAAUUCAACUACGAUUAUGGAUCAGAAAACCGGAGAAGAAAACCAGAAGCAAUUCUCAAAGCCAUACGUAUGGGAUUGUGGAAGCACGCUAUAUGACUCGUACGAACUCACCUCCUUCAAACGCCAACUUGACUCAGCGAUUAUGAAUUCCCCAAGAACACUUUCCAUGCCUCAUCAUCGCUCACUCUCAACAUUUCAACAACCUCAACCACCACCACCACCACCCUCCAACAAGUCUUUCAAGAUCUCUCGUACCUUCCAAAAGCUUCUCCGCUUUGUUUUCAAGUCCUCCAACAGCAACAAGUUCAGAAUCUGUAGCAGCAGUGAUAGUUUCCAGCAAGUUGUAGCAGCAGAUCAUGAUCAUAAAUAUUCAAAUUCAAGAGAUCGUUUGUACGUGGUUUAUGAUAAGUCUGAAGCUGCUGUUCUUUCCACUAUUCCGGAGCUGCCGGAGUUUGAGAUCGGUGGAAUUUCCCCGAAUCUCAGUUCCUUGGUCAGAAAGUCAGCUUCAGAGCGGUUCACGGCAACUUCUAUUGGUAUUUCGUGUGCUUAACACAACACCAAUGUGAAAUGCCUUAAUUAUUAGUUAAUUAAUGUCUCUUUAGAUUAAUGAUGAUAAUAAUAGCAAUAAUAAUAGUUAAUUUUGUGAUUAGUGAAGCUAUGAUGUAGUAGCAAUUAACAUUUGUAUAAGUGACGAGUGGCAGAUUUCUGUUUUUAUAAUACUACGUUUCUAAUGAUUCACGAUA